AAAAUGUGUUUUCAACUUUGGAAAGUUAAUAGUAAGAUUUAAAACUUAUGUGUAACUUUUUUAAUAAUUAUGUGUAACUAUGUUGACUGACAAAUAGAUUUUUUUUUUCUUAUUUCUCGGUUAACUGAAAGAUAGAUAGUAGACCCUAAUGUUCUACUCCCUCCGUUCCUAAAUAUAGGUCUUUAUAGAGAUUUCAGCAAGUGACUACAUACAGAGCAAAAUUAGUGAAUCUACACUCUAAAAUAUAUCUAUAUACAUCGGUAUGUGGUAAUUCAUUUGAAAACUCUAAAAAGACUUAUAUUUAGGAACGGAGGGGGUAUGUCUUAGGGUAGUCAGUAGUGUUGUAUCUAAAGGGUACUUCAUUUAGUAAAUUUUAGGCUCAAAGCGAGUAUGCCAACAAUAAAUUAAUUAACGUGCCUAGCUGUUGUGUAAGAAUAGUAUGCUAAGGGCACUCCAAUGAGGCCAUGGCAACGUCCCAUAACUUGUGCCAACUUUGCAAAAUCUUACGUGGAUGAGAGAAAUAAGAAAGAAAAGAGAGGUUGUAUGUUAGAUAACCAGCAAUAAUAACAAAUAUAGUUAUAGUUCCCUUGCUCCUCUCAUUGUAGGUGUGGUCUGAAUAGAAAAAAAAUACAACAACAAUUUAUUGACAAACUUGCAUAAAGAUAAUAUGGUGGACACAACAACCUUUUUUUCCGUAAUUAAUGGAGUUCCACAUCAAGAAAAUGGCUAGCUCAACAACCAACCACCUACUAUACCCAUGUAAGUAUGUAAUCUCCAUGGUUCAGUUUUUUUAAUAUAAAGGCAGUGGGAGUUUUCUCUCACUGUCAUUCAAGGUUCAAUAAAAGUGCAAAGUUAGAGCAUUUGGAAGGGCCUUAGAACGCUGGGUUACUUAUCUUAUAGGGAUGAUACAACAGUGCUACUCUGGAAUUUGCUCGUCCUUUCUGCUAUAAACAAUUUGGGAAAACCUGAAGCAGAGUUAGAGCAAAAGAAAUUAUGUCUGAUGAGCAUACACUUGGAUUACAAGAGAACUAGAAUGAGUAUAAUAUCAGAUGAACGAUGUAAUUCUAUCCAAGAUCAAUCUUUGCUGAAUUCGAGGAAAGUCGCAGUGUAUGCAAUUACAACCUCCUUUUUGAGGGUCUUACGCAUGAGGAAUCUUUGAGAUUCCCUAAAGACGUGCCACUAGUGUUGAGAUCGUAGAAAUGAGGGGAUCGCACUAGACCACCAGCACCACCAUGGGCGAAAGUUACCACGCACAUGGGUUGUCGACAAACCACGUGUAGACUUUAGAGAAACCGGGAAUAAUCAAGACUUCUUCCCCUCACAGUCAUGGAAAUACUGCAGGCACACAACCAUUAAUUAAUCAGUAGAAGGUACAUUUUUUGGAUCACCACAUGGUCAUUCUGUAGCUUGCCAGCGACUUGAUCCAAUGCAUGUGCUCUGUAGCUCAGAUCCGCAUCAGCUGCAGCGGUGUGCUCGUCUUAUACAUGACAGCAUCUCGUUGACGCCAGGAAGCCACACUCCCGCAGCUGCAGCGAAUUUACACUGCAGGUCGAGGCUAGCUGAGAUCCAUGGCGUCGAGCAGGGCGAUCUUGGCCGUGGGCCUCCUUGCCGCCGUGCUGUCCCCCGCCUUGUCAAAGCGGUCGUUUAUCUCCAUGCCAGCCGACGUGAGUAGUCCUGUGACCCUGGCCAACGGCCUCUCCUACGGUUACCACGCCAACUCCUGCCCGCAGCUGCAAGACAUUGUGUGGCCGAUCGUGGAGAGCGCGGUCCUGGGUGAGGUGGCCAUCGCCGCCGGCCUCCUCCGUAUCUUCUUCCACGACUGCUUUCCUCAGGGCUGCGACGCGUCCGUCCUUCUGACGGGACCCAACAGCGAGCGGGACCUGCCGCCGAACCAGACGCUGCAGCCGCGUGCGAUGCAGCUCAUCGAGGACGUCCGCGUCAAGGUACACGCCGCCUGUGGCGCCACCGUCUCCUGCGCCGACAUCAUCGCCCUCGCCACCCGCGACGCCGUCUUCGUGGUACGUGCACACGUCGGUCGCUGCAGUUGUACUGUACAACAAAAACAUCUCCCUACCUCACUCGCGAAAGAACCUAUGCAGGCCGGGGAAAGCGAAAUGUUCUACUUCUACGACCUGCCGCUCGGCCGGUUUGACAGCCUCGAGCCGGCUAAUAGCAGCGCCGUCUUCGACCUCCCGCAGUCCACCGCCGACGCCAACACGCUCAUCAACGUCUUCAAGAGCCGCAACCUCGAGCCGAUCGACCUCGUCGCACUCUCUGGCGCGCACACUGUCGGGAAGGCGCAGUGCAGCUCCUUCAACAACCGCUUCUCCGAGGACGCCGACUUCGCCCGGAGGCUCGCCGCCAACUGCUCCAGCGACCCGAACCGGCUGCAGGACCUCGACGUGGAAACCCCCAUCGUGUUGGACAACCAGUACUUCAAAAACCUGAUGGAGGGAAAGGGGGUGUUCACCUCCGACCAAGUGCUCAUCAGCGACGGGCGCACCGACUGGGCGGUCAAAGGCCUCGCCGAGAACAAAUAUUGGUUCUACAGCCAGUUCCGUGACUCCUUGGUGAAGCUGAGUCAGUACCAACCCGGAGGAAACGUGGGCGAGAUCCGCCGCAACAGCUGCUUCACGCCCAACGGACAGAGCAUUCCCGCCACCGCCGGUGACGAGGGGUUCGCAGCCUCUGCUUGAGUUCACCGCUCACUACGGGAUCGUCGUUUAGUUUGCUUGUAGUAAGAGUAUAAGCUCGUGUGUACUCUGCUUCGUUCAAUCCUCUUUCAUGAUGGCUCA